CAGUGCUUGACGAGCCGUACAGAGCCUCAACAUGAAACAGUUCUGCAACGUUCUAGUGCUGGCCAGUUUGGUCAUCUUAGCUCAAGCCAAGCCGAGCUCAGUGCAAACGCAGCUGCAAGGCGCCCUGGAUAAAUAUCUGGUGCAGGCGAACAGCCUGGACAUGGUCUCGGCGGAUGUGACCUCACAGUGCUUCGCCUUGUAUUUGCCGAUGCUGAACGAAGUGGCCGCCGAAUUCUCCAGUUCGUAUCAGGCCUGCAUUACCACCUACAACAAUGAGCUGGCCAAUUUGACAGCGCAGGCUCAAAAGGAUCAGGUGGUCUACCAGCAGGACGUGGCCGGUCUGUGCAGUGCCUUCACCAGCUGCAACAACAGCACCAGCAAUGACAGCACAGCCUUCUUCAGCUGCUACGCAAAAAAAGCUCAAGCCGAUGUGUCCAUCAUCUAUGACAUUGCCACCAAUGCAGCCAGCACGGCCAACACUCUGGCCGAGUCCAUCAAAGCCAAUCAGGACUUGGAAUAUCAGUGCACCAAUACCACCGAGAGCAACUAUGUGCGCGACACUGCAGCCACAUACGAUCUGCUCGACAGCUGCCUGAAGAACGGUCUGCCAACCACAUCGACAGCUGCCCCAGCGCCGACCACUACGCAAAGUCCUGCUACGACUGGCGAUGACAAUGCUACCGGCUCGACUGCUGGCAGCUCAACAACUACAGUGACAGCCUAAAAUGUCUAUAUGUGAAGGGCAUUUCAAUUAAAUAAAAUAUAGAAAAAUAUAUGAGCA